AUGAAAAGUAUAUUCAUUUCAGGUGGAUGUAAUUCUGUCUAUAAUGGUCUUGAUGUUUGUUAAUUUGAAGAAAACUAACAUUUGAUAGCAUUUCCUUGUAGCAAUCAAAUAUUAGUGUAUGACAUUAAGAAAUUAAAGAUUAUCUAUUCAUAUUCGAUAUUUAAUAAGAGGGUCAAUUACGUUAGGUUUUUGAAUGCAACUACAUUGGUAGCUGCAGAUGGUGAAGGGAAAAUAGCAAUAUUUAAUGAUUCAUAAGUUCUGUAUGAGGCAAAAUUGAAUGAAUCAAUAUAAUUAUUCAAAGUCAUAGGUCAAUAUAUCAUAGCCUUAUCAAUCGAUGGUCUGGUUACAGUAUUGAAUUUGGAAUUAAAAGAACUAUCAAAGCUUGAGUUUGGUAAUAAUGUGAUGGAGAACAUUGAUGCAAUAGAAUUUGACAAACACACUUUUGUAGCUCUUAGUGGUGUGGAUACUCAAAUUCAUUUGUACAUUCUAGAAAACAAUUAAUUGCAGUAUAAGGCAUCAGUGAAGGGCCAUCAGAGAAGUCUAAAUCAUUUGCAAUUUCACUUAAAAAAUUAAGAAUAUUUACAAUUAGCAAGUGCAUCCAAAGACACAUACACUAGAAUAUGGAGCAUCUAUAAAAUUAAUGAAGUAGAAGCCAAGACCAAAUCUUUUAGAAUUGAAUAAUAAUUGUAUAGUUUCAAAUUGGAGACUAUCCUCUAAGGACAUAUCGAAGAGGUUUCAACAGUGAAUUGGUUUGAUGAGAACACAAUCUUAAGUGGUUCAUUCGAUUAUAAUGUGAUCAUUUGGAAGUAAGACAAGGAUACAGGAUUAUGGUUAAGUGUUUCAAGACUAGGGCAAACAAGUGGGAAUAAGAAUUAGAUAUUUGGAUUGUAAACGUCAUUUGAUAAAUAAUACAUUAUAUGUUAUACUUUGACUGGAGCAAUUUAUAUAUGGAAACAAGAAUAGGAUAAUUGGGUAGAAUAGCCUGUAGUUACAGGUCAUUAUGCAGAGGUGACAGAUUUGGAUUUUAAGGAUUAUGUAUUGACUUGUAGUAGUGAUUAAACUAGUAGAAUAUUCACUAAGUGGAUUAAAAAUGAUACAUAUCAUGAAAUAUCUAGACCAUAAAUCCAUGGUUAUGAUUUAAACGCAAUAAAACAGAUUGGAAAUUAAAUUAUAAGUGGAGGCGAUGAGAAAAUAUUAAGAAUGUUCAAUCCGUCUCCUUUUACCAUUAAUUAGCUUAAUUAUUUGAAUGAAUAGAAUAUCAAUUCAUCUGUUUUUUUAAAUUAGAAUAUCCCUUCACAAAUCGUAACAUAUAACAAUAGACAAUUUAAUGAAUUUAAAUUAGCAACUGAAGGAAUACAAUAGGCACUUGGAUUGAUGAAUGUGCAAAUGCAAUUUGAAGAUGAGGAAGAUGAGAAUGUUAAAAAUAAUGAAGUAGAAGUCAAUCUUGAAAUCAAAUAUGGAUAACCUCCAAAUGAUGCCUUACUUGCAAAGAAAUCAUUAUGGCCAGAGACUAAUAAAUUAUAUGGACAUGGAUAUGCAAUCUAGGCAAUAGCUAUACAUUAAAAUAUAGCCGCCUCAUCUUCUGUUGCCAUAACAUCUAAAGCAGCUGAAAUUAUCAUUUGGGAUACAAACACAUUCAAAAUUAAAUAAUUAUUACCUUGUCAUAAUUUCACUGUUGUCUAACUAGUCUUCUCUAGGAGUGGCAAAUAUUUGAUUAGUGUUAGUAAAGACAGAUGUUUAGGAGUAUUUGUUAAAUAAGAUGAUGACACUUAUUAAAUACUAUCGAAAUCAUAGCCUUGUUCAAGAAUUGUUUACACUUGUGCUUUCAAUAAUGAUGAAUCUCUUAUAUUUACAGGAAGCAGAGAUAAAAAAUUUAGAAUUUAUAACACAACAGAAGCUUCGGUGCCAAUUAAAGAAAUAGAAUUUCAAGAUGAAAUAACUGCCAUUGAUUCUGUCUUACUUAAUAACAAAUAAAUAGUUGCAGUAGCAUAUGGUUAAGGAUAACUUGAAACUUUUGAGUUGACAUAAACUCUAGAGUUGAAUUUGCUUUCCAGUGUAGAUAAAUAUCACAAACAUUCAAAAACAAUUAAUAGAAUUAAAUUUAAUAAUGAUUUGCUUGCCUCAUGUAGUGAUGAUCACACAGUCAGAAUAUAUCAAAUAUGA